UGACAGGGCCAAGUCCAACAACAGUUACUAGUGAGACAGGUAUUUGGUCACCCUUUGAGUAAAAUCUGAUCCGGAAAAAUCUUUUUUCUUUUCCAAACCACGUAGCUGGUUGUCGCCUACAGUAGGGGCUAUGUAGUGCAAGAGUCAGUGUAUAUCGUAUCAGGUAGUUUUGGACCCGUCCACCAAAUCGAACUUGUUCUAGUCGAUUGAUUCAUAGGCAGCCUUGCUGAGAGCUAGAACUAGAGCCACUUCAGGCUUCGAAGUAUUGGUGGUGAAGUGGAAAACUCAGAAUGCUAAGUGUGACUAGUGGCCAGCAACGAUGGCGUUUCGACACGUCGGCAGUUUUUCUGAUUCAGCUGCUGUUGUUCGUGUUAUAUGCUGGGACGUGUACUGCCACGAAUGUGAACACGUGGGUGGAUUGUGGCAAUGAAGGUGAAGUGUUUGUUACAAAUACCGCCAAAGGCUGGGUUGCAGGUGAAGAGUUCUGCCAGACACUCGGCAGCCACCUGGUCAGUUCUCCUCAAGUUACAGCCUGCAAAGCUAUGCUACUGGGAAUACUUGGAAAGGUGUCAGUCCAUAUCAGCUACACAAGAUUGCUUGAUAAACUUCACUUUCGCAAUGUUUGGAACAAUUUAAAAGUUUCUGACAACACCGUUACUAUCUAUCAAGACUUGGAGGAUUGUUCCAGUCAAUAUCUUGGGGAUAAUUCACAGCCACAGGACGAGCAUUGCAUUAUACCGUAUGCUAUCGUUUGCGGAAGGAAUACCAAUACACAAGCAGCUUCUAUAGUGUGUGACUCACACAUGUAUACAUACCAUAGCAUCUCAUUCUCAGCAGAUCAUGCAAACCAGACGUGCUAUCAACAAUAUGGUGGUCGUCCAUUGUCUACAGACGGGCAGGAUUUCAGCUGUGCCUCACAACUGCUGAAUACAUCGCAAGUCUUGCGUGACAACAACCUCACCAACAUACCGGUAUACACCAACGCCACUAAUGGGUCUCAUUGCACUACCUACCAACCAUCAACCAACACAGUAGGUCAAGACUCCUGCACCAAAGAACGUCCCACAAUCUGCGUCUCUUCUCCCGUAACUUCUUCACCCGCAGUCACCAUAGAUCGUAGUAGUGGCAUCACAGACACAAGUACAUCCAUCAACUCUACGCUAUCGGCCCGCAGUGAGAACAGUACUGAUUCUACAAUAACUACGUCCCGGGUGAACAAGUUGAUCAUGUAUUCCACUCUCGUAACAGCACUGUUAAUGACGGAGAUCUUUGCAGCCAUCACACUGAUAUACAUAACAUACCAGGCAAGAAACUAGGUCUUAGUUCCUGUCGCAAUUCUGCACUGUUUUUUCUUUAUAUCCCCUUUUGCCCAGUAUCUCAUAUUAGUCACAAAUGUAAGAGAACUCCGUAAAUCUUUUGUUGUUUCUGUUGGUCUCAUUGUGUUUGUCAUAUUAUGGUAUAAAGUGAUAAGAUAAGUUGCUAAAAUAUCGCAUUUACUUCAUCAAUGGUAGUCCACGUCUCUUCAAAUUGAUAUGCAGUACAUUGCACCUAUUGAUAAAUUGAUUGAUACUUUCAUACGUUCAUACGUUCAUGGGAUAAUCAUUUAUUUUAUUUUAUAAAGUUUGGGUUUGAAAAUCUUUAUUAUUUUACACAUGCAUUUUCCUGAUUUCUUCUCCAGUGUAUGUUGCACUGCAUUUUAAUCCAUUGACGCUUGUAUCACAUAAUGUUGUUUAAAAGUACAUUGCAUCUGUGACGUAGGCAGUAGGUCUACGUCUCAACCCUCCAUGCUCACUUUAGCUACAGGAUGGUGCAAGACUGCAGGUUGUCCAUUCUGCAAUUUUUCCGUUUUGCAUGUGGUGUUUUGAUACAUGCAUGCUCUUUUGUACUUGUUUGUAAUUGUGCAUACUAUGCAUGGUGGAUUCAAGACCAGCAAACCAUUGAUUCAUGCUGCGAAUUCAAAUAA